CAAGGCUUCUCACAUCUUGCCCUGGUUAAGCAAACAAAGCUUAAAAGUACAAGUCUUCUCUUCUCAAAAAAAAAAAAAAAAAUGAAAGGUGGUAAAUUUCUUUGUUCUUUCUUGCUGUUGGCUUUGGCUUUCUCGUUUGCUUCUGCCUAUGAUCCCAGCCCUCUUCAAGACUUCUGUGUAGCAAUUGAUGAACCCAAGAAUGCUGUGUUUGUCAAUGGGAAAUUCUGCAAGAACCCAAAUCUUACCGUAGCUGAAGACUUCUUCUUUUCUGGAUUAAACAUCCCAAGGGAUACUGCAAACCCGAAUGGAGUAAAUGUCACUCUCUUAAAUGUCGAUCAAAUUGCAGGCCUUAAUACCCUUGGUAUUUCUCUUGCUCGUAUUGACUAUGCAGCAAAUGGUGGCUUAAACCCUCCGCACACUCACCCUCGAGCAACAGAAAUUCUUGUAGUCAUUGAAGGAACUCUUUACGUCGGCUUUGUUACAUCAAACCCUAAUCGCUUCAUCUCAAAAGUGCUAUACCCAGGAGAUGUUUUCGUGUUCCCAAUUGGUCUGAUUCACUUCCAGUUCAAUCUUGCAAAGACGAAUGCAGUAGCCUUUGCUGGUUUGAGCAGUCAGAAUCCCGGUGUCAUUACUAUAGCUAAUGCAGUGUUUGGACCAAACCCACCUAUUAAUCCUGCUGUUCUGGCCAAAGCCUUCCAAUUGGACAAGAACAUAGUGUUGGAACUUCAGAAAAAAUUCGAUCAAACCAAUUAGAAGGGAGGCAGAAUGCAUGAAACAGGCAUAAAUCAUAUAAAUAAAGAGAGUACUCUUAUUAAAGAGUUUAAGGAUUCUCCUGCUAGUGGUUAUAUUAUUAUAUGUAUUCCUUCUGUUGCUCCCGAGUAAGUUAAUUAAAUAAACAUAUAUUUACUCA